AUGCGAGACGGGAGAUCUAGCAGGAUAACCAACCUAGCCCUGGCAGUCCUGAUCCCCUCUCACAGUCGUCUCCCUGCUGAACUGCUCAACAACAACUUCUCAAACAAAACCCUCUACGGAAUACCAAACGACGGUGUCAGAUACCUAUGGACUAGCUACUACGUGUUCGUCGUCCUCUCCUCUCUCAUCGGCGACACGACCAUCUUGAUAGCGUCUAUAAAGUACCGAGCGUUCCGGCUGCACGAGUUUAUUACGGUGGUGAUCCAGCACAUAGCAGUGUGUGACAUACUGGUCGCUACCAACAAUGUUAUACCAGUCAUGGUGUCUCUCAUGUUCGAUGAUUGGGUGUUGGGAAGCACGUGGUGCUACUUUGCGCCCUACGCCGUGUACUGUGCUAACUCAGCGAGCAUCAUGCUCAUCUGCGCUAUGACUACAAGCAGACUUCUGCUGCUCAAGGCACCUAACAAACAGAGAUCUUUUACCGCCGAGAAGGCCCAUAUUAUGUGCUUAUCCAUUUGGGUUUUCUCACUGGGUCUGCCAAUAAUGUUUCUAAUCGUGGACAGUAAUGAUGUAAUGUUUGACCAGAGAAUAUUCCUCUGCGAUUAUGCCUUCAACUCCGCCACUUGGAGAUGGCUCCUUCCACUAAUGACUUCUAUACUCAUUUACCUGCCCACUUUCAUGACAGCCAUGUCUACUGUGCCGCUGGUGUUGUACCUCUGCAAAGCCAGGAGGGUGGCUCAAAGAAGUGGAGGCACGAGAAGAUGGCAGGGUGUCAUAGUGGUAGAAGCGGACUUACCGAACACGGUAAACGAAGGAAACGGGAUGCAACAGACAACAAUUUGA